AUGUCAACAGUUAGAGGUCGUAGAGGUUCUAGAGUUAUCGUCACUGCUAAUCCUAGUAAAAUAGUUCGUGAUAGAUCAAGCUCUGAUGAAGUCGAAAUUGUGAGUUCAAAUCCUAUUGAGAGAUACAAUCACUUUAUCAGACAAUACAACAAAGACUGCAAUAAGGUUAAUUGCUAUACACUUAAGGAAUUGCCUCUUAUAGAUUUAGAAGGAGAAGCAACCCAACGUGAAAUUGAUAAUUUUAUUAGAGUAUUCUAAAGCAAUCAUAGUCAAGUAUAAUACAAUAGAUGCUAUGAGCGUAUGGUUAAAACUAUUGAGUGCUAAAAUAAAGACUAAUAUUUCUAAUACAUUAUGAUUGAAGAUUUUGCUUUUGAUGGAGAAAGUGGUAAUUGUUUGAAAAUGAAAAAAGUUAUGCAAUACACCCAACGUUGGUUAGAAAAGAAUAACAAAGCUUUUGACACAAUCACCCAUUUCGUCAAACAACAAAAGGAAAGACAAAUACACAGUUGA